UCAAGGCCCAAAUCAAGAGUCUGAAUGGAGGGGGAAUUUCUCCUCUAGCUUGACUUUCAUUGCAAUAUUGGAAGACUCAAACCAGAUCGACUUUAGGAGGGAAAUUCUUACUCAUGCCAGGUCAGCCUUUGUAAAAGGCCUUUGACUGGAUGCACUGGAAGCCUGUCUCUCUGCACCACACAUACUGUGGAUUUUCUGCUCUGGCAUUUCAAUCACUUGGAAUGACCACUAAAAUUCCGAGUUCUGGAACCUCUGGAUUUGACCUAAAAUGAAUUCGGACUUUGUGUUGAUGUGACACAGCUUCUCUGUAAACUUGCGGUGUCUUUAAGACUCCCAACUUGGAGAGGAGCCACAUGGGAAAAACAAGUCUUUGGGCAGUCCAAGCGAAGGCCUCCUGACCCAGCAGCCAAGAGUACCCCCGACCUGCCAUGUACCCCAACCCUCUCGUCUACUGCACCUGCUGGGACCCCUGGAACUUGGGACCACGGAAGCUAAUCAAGACCCCUCAGCCACCAAGCAGGACCUCCCCAGCGAAGCCCAAGCUAACUCCUCUUCCUCCAGCUUCAAAAAAACAAAAUUAUGUCCAACCCCUAACAAAACCUGUUGUCACCCCAAAAACGAAAAUCUAUUUAAGAAAACAAGAGGAGAGCAAUAAAUUACCUUAUGAAGUUUUCAACGUGUCUCCUGGCUACACACUCCUUCGGAAUAGGGAGCAGAUUUCCGUCAGCCUGGGAGACGAGAUGUUUGAUCGGAAAAAGCAAUCGGAAUCAGAGAACAUGGACAAAGUCAAAAUGUCCAGGACGGAUAUCGUUGCGGACCUAGAAGAACAGAUCUCAGAACUGACAGUGAUAAUAGAACAAAUGAACAGAGACCAUCAUGCUGCCCAAAAAUUGCUCUCUAAUGAAAUGGAUCUCCGCUGUGCUGAGAUGCAGCAGAACUUUGAAAGCAAUAAGAGGGAGCUUGAGGAGGCUCACGCAGCACAGCUCAGUAAGCUGGAGGAAAACUACAAAGCAGCCUUGAAAGCAGAGAAGCUGGCUGCCAAGGAUAAACUCGAGGAAAUGGGAAAGGAAUAUAAGUACUUGAAGAACAUGUUUCAUGUAUAUCAGGACAGCGUUUAUGAUGAGCUGGAGGACAAGUGGUCAAAGAAGAAGGCAGAAUGGGAGAAGGAUGAGAAGAUGGAGCGGGAAAAGAUCCUGCUAUGGCAAAAAUAUAGGAUAACCAAAAAGUUUGAGUUAGAGUCCAAAGAAGAGAAGAAGGAAAUAAAUGCUAUGCUUGAGAACUUAUGUCGGGAGAAGGAGGAGCUGUUGAAACAACAUGAAAGGGACACCUUGCAAUUAGAGGAGCUGAGAAAUACCAAAGAGGUCAUAGAGGAAGAGUUGCACGCUCAAGCUCUUAUCCUAGAAUCACUUAACACAACCCUCUACCAAACCCAGAUGGAACUCCAGAGAGAAAAAGCUCUGGUUGGAAAUCUGGAGAAAACAUUCCAGACCAAGCUUGCUGAAGCUGAAGAAAAGUUUAAAUACACAAUACAGAACCUGACCGAAGAAAACAUUCAUCUAAGACAAAGGAUAAUUGCCAAAAAUGAAGAAAUUUAUGAUGAACGAUCUGGGAAGUUGACCUCUAUUACUAUGCAGGACGGUAUUUCUGACACUUUAGAAGAUGCUAGCAACAAAACACAAGAACCAUGAGCAGAAAAGUUGAUCUCUACCACCAGAGAGGGUAGGAACCCCAUCUUGGUAGGCUUAAGAACUCCUGUGAGAUUUUCUGGAGAAAUGCAUAUGAUGUAUUUAGUUCUUGGGUUGCCUUGAUUCUACUUGUGUCUUUUCACAAUUUUUUUUCUUCUGAGUGCUUGGGAAUGUUUGAUUUCUCAACUCAGUUACAUAAACUUUCAUGACUCUUCAUUGAAAAGUGAUUUCCUCUACAGCUAGGGCUGAGCUUUCUCUCAGCGUCAUACUGUUUUGUCUUCCCCCUUUACAUAUUUCAUUGUGAAGACACUGAUCUGAAGAAUGUCUUUCUAUUAAAUUUUGACUAUAUUUUGGGGUGCACUUUUGUCUCCCUGGAACAUUUAGCUAGCAAGAAAGAGACUUUAUUCAUUUGAUUCCCCCAAACUUUUUCUCUCUUAUAUGUGUUCCCACUCCCCUAUCUCUCAUGUCUCCUAACCUAUGAUUUGGGAAGAAUUUCUGAUACCUCCUGCUACCUUCACCAGAAAUCGAGGUGACAACAUAAACAAGUGAGGUAGGCUGGACAUAAGAAAACACAAUCACACAAGCACAGUGAUAAAUGGUCAUUAGUAGAGCUUCAGUGGAGGGGAUUGGACAGGAUGGGGUGGGGGCCUGCAAGGUGGGGUAAGGGUUAUGGGGUUUGGGUGAACUCAUUCCAUUGUUGCCAAACAGGAACAUGGCCUAAAUGUGGUCAGAUAUUCUGAUUUUUUUUUUUAAAAAAAGCAUUUUGGUUUUUAUGUGACAUCUCCCAAUUUUUAAAUAUGGACAAGAAAUAUUUAAGAAGUACAACCGUGUGAGCCAAUGUCAGGAGGCUCAAGGAGAACUCAUCUGUGAUCC